AUGAACGAGCAACAACCCAGCUACGACUACAUCACAUCGAUUGGAGCCUAUGGGAACAAUCCGAGAGUUAGCGUCAACACGACUGAUAUCACUACAUUGACUCCAUUCCAGUCGAGUCACUCGACGGCUAGCUACGAUCAAUCAGCACCAAAUAUCUACGAACCGUAUCGGAAUCCUUAUGGCUACUAUGGGUACAACUCGCAAAGUGUUCCGUCCGCUUUCUACCCACCAGUUGUUGAUUCAUCAUUCGGUGCAACGACGACUCUUUCAAAUACCGUUUUUCCACAAUCUUCAAUUCAAUCGAUUCAAUCAACUUGUCCCCCACAAAUCGAGCACAAAGAAGUGCCGAAGUUGGAGAGUAACGAUGUGAAACGGGAAAAUGUCGCCGACCUUCACCUUCCGCCACCCAGUCAACCCCAACAAUCUCAACAACCCGACGAUCCGCCACAAGAAGAAACAAUCCCAGCACCGAGAAAAAAAAAGAGCAAAAAUUCAGUUGAUCGCCGAAAAGCGGCUACGAUGAGAGAAAGGAGGCGACUCAGGAAAGUGAAUGAAGCGUUUGAAGUGGUUAAACUAAGGACUUGUCCAAAUCCGAAUCAACGAUUGCCGAAGGUAGAAAUCCUCCGCGCUGCCAUCGAGUACAUCAACAAAUUGGAAUCGAUGCUGGCCGAACAGGGGAAAAUGACAAAACUAAUGCAACAGAAUCAAGCGAUGGCACAAGCGAGUGGGAUUCCCGAUUAUAUGUCAGCCUCGUCGUCGAGUUAUUUCCCGAAUGUGGACUCAUCGCGUUUCGACGAUGAUGAUCAGGAUAUGAGUGUUGAUGGAAGUGCUGAUGAUAGUGCAGAUGAUGAUCCCCCAAUGCCCCUACCACAUUCAGUACCCACUCAACAUUCGCGAAUAAAACGAAAUUCUUUGGAGAGUCUCACGAAUAUUGUCGCCAAAAUACAUCCCGAUGAAGCCACAUCGAUGAGCCAAGAGGUCAUUGGUCAAGGGGAAAUCGUUUCCCAACAACAACAACAACAACAACAACAACAUCCCGCUCAACUCGCGCCAAGUAUCACCGAACACUCUGAUAUCACACAGUUG